AUGAAUCCUUUCUUUGUUGCUGUCAAGCAAGCUUUGAUCUCCACGGGCCGAGACCCUAGCCCUAACGGCUGUCCCGAGGAGGCUAAAUUAGCAAAGUCAGACCAGUCGCGUCUCCGAAAAGUCAAAACCUCCCGCAAUAAUGUAUCUCGAUAUGAGUCGCUCGACACACCCAACACCCCCAACACCUCGGGGUCAGACCCACGAGCCUUCAGUGAGCCUCACCCCGAGCUCAAGCCACGGCAAGCCGCGUGGCAAGCCGAUACCCCUACCACCGACGUGUCAACAUGUGGCUAUCUCAAUGGGAAUGCCAGCCUGCCUCGCACCGCAAAUCCAGGUUUCGACUGUAGGGUGGACAAUAAGAAUGCCAUAUGGGGGUUUUGCUCAACGGCCAUCCUUGCCGUCAGCGACUGUGGACUGGUAGGAGGCUGUGUGGAUGCACAUGCUUGCGACGGCGGAUGCGGCAUCUCUGGUGAUCCAAACGCUACGACUGUUGGAUGCACGGAUUCUGGGGCUGAUUAUUGUUCAACUGCCCUCUUGACCGAUGGACCCGAUCAAACGUACGCAUAUAUCGCGUGCGGAAGCGCCGCAAUCACGGACAAUUUAUUGUACUCACCGACAACUACUUCGCUGCACUCAAGCCCGUCAACCACUUCCGCUCUCAGCAGGGCGAAACCAUCGGUCACAUCCGCAUCUUCUACGUCUUCAGCCACCUCAUCGUCCCCUAUUCCCACAACAUCCACCAUCACUUCGGCUCCAGCCUCAUCUUCAACGCAUUCGAAAGCAACUUCAAGUACGUCAAACAACACUGGUGCGAUCGUUGGCGGUGUUCUUGGUGGACUUGCUCUUCUCGCGUUCAUCGUCGUGGCUAUGCUGUUCCACAGAAGGCUCAAAACAAGCCCCACCACUGGGGGCCAAAGUUAUGAUCCUGUAUGGCAGGGCAUUGGAGACCAGAGAGGAGCGCCGAAGAGGGUUCCGAGACAAACGCUUCAUCCGGCUGAACUUUCGACCGGCAGGCGCGAUGAGACGACCGAGUUGCCCAACGACAUGGAAGGGACUAGACGCACAUAG